UGCGCGUGUGUGCGCGCGUGUGUGCGAGCCAGCGAGCGGGCGGGCGCGGGGGGGGCCCGCUGCUUCACACUUUCCACACCGCACUGAAGAGGGAGAGCGAGCUAGAGGCUGGAGACGCGCGGAUCCCCCCCGGAUCUCCCGAGGCGGCCGUCCCACCCGGCAGAGCGCAAGCCCCCCAAAUCGAAACAGAGGCAAACCGACAGCGCUUGAACAUGGACGAAGGAAUUCCUCAUUUGCAAGAGAGACAGUUACUGGAACAUAGAGAUUUUAUAGGACUGGACUAUUCCUCUUUGUAUAUGUGUAAACCCAAAAGGGGUAUGAAGCGAGACGACAGCAAGGAUACCUACAAAUUACCGCACAGACUAAUAGAAAAGAAAAGAAGAGAUCGAAUUAAUGAAUGUAUUGCUCAGUUAAAAGAUUUACUGCCUGAACAUCUGAAAUUAACCACCCUGGGGCAUCUGGAGAAAGCCGUCGUCUUGGAAUUAACUUUGAAACACUUAAAAGCUUUAACAGCCUUAACCGAGCAGCAGCAUCAGAAGAUAAUUGCUUUACAGAAUGGGGAGCGAUCGCUGAAGUCGCCCAUUCAGUCCGACUUGGAUGCGUUCCACUCGGGAUUUCAAACCUGCGCCAAAGAAGUCCUGCAAUACCUCUCCCGCUUUGAGAGCUGGACACCCAGGGAGCCGCGCUGUGUCCAGCUCAUCAACCACUUGCACGCCGUGGCCACCCAGUUCUUGCCCACCCCCCAGCAGUUGACUCAACAGGUCCCCCUGGGCAAGGGCGCCGGCGCGGCCUCGGCCUCCGGUCCCGCAGCCGCCGCUGGCCACAAGCUGGAGCCUCCGGCCCACUGCGUGCCCGUCAUCCAGCGGACUCAGCCCAGCGCCGAGCUCGCCGCCGAAAACGACACGGACACCGACAGCGGCUACGGCGGCGAGGCCGAGGCCCGGCCGGACCGCGAGCAGGGCAAAGGCGCGGGCGCAAGCCGCGUCACCAUCAAGCAGGAGCCGCCCGGGGAGGACUCGCCGGCGCCCAAGAGGAUGAAGCUGGAUGCCCGCGGCGGCGGCGGCGGCGGCCCCGGGGGCGGCGCGGCGGCGGCGGCGGCCGCGCUCCUGGGGCCUGACCCGGCCGCGGCCGCGCUCCUCAGACCCGACGCCGCCCUGCUCAGCUCCCUGGUGGCGUUCGGCGGAGGCGGGGGCGCGCCCUUUGCGCAGCCGGCGACCGCCGCGGCCCCCUUCUGCCUGCCCUUCUACUUCCUCUCGCCCUCGGCCGCCGCCGCCGCCGCCUACGUGCAGCCCUUCCUGGACAAGAGCGGCCUGGAGAAGUAUCUAUACCCGGCGGCCGCCGCCGCGCCGUUCCCACUGCUGUACCCCGGCAUCCCUGCCCCGGCCGCCGCCGCAGCCGCAGCUGCGGCCGCCGCGGCCGCCGCCGCCUUCCCCUGCCUGUCGUCGGUGCUGUCGCCCCCUCCCGAGAAGGCCGCGGCCACUACGGCCGCCGCCGCGACCCUCCUGCCGCCCGAGGUGGCGCCCUCUGCGGCGCUGCGCGCGCACGGCCGCACCCACCUGCCCUUCGCUGGCCACCCGGAGAGUUCUCCUCAGGAAGAUCCUGCGCAGCCGGGGAAGGAGGCGCCCUGAGGCGCCGGGGGUC